CUCAACCCCGCUAGGCCGCUUUCGGCUGACCGCGCGCAUCGCAGCCAUCCAUGCGCAGUCGCGCAUUGAGCACUACAGGACGCGAGGGACAAUCCAGAGGAGAUGAGGCUCUCCGGGCAAGCAAAACGCCUACACGGACCCUGGCCCAAACGCGGGAGUCAUGCCACGAUCCUUCCGUAUUAGGGGGGCACCGCCACACUCUUAACCGGGCGAUGCGAAGGCGGUCUCACGACCAUUGCGGCUAACGCUAAGGGAGAUAAAAGCCGUUCGAGAGAUGCUUCAUCUUCUCAUACUAACGCCAAUUAUUCCACUUUCCAGAAAUUCCAGUGCGAACCCAGGGCAAGCCCGGCAGCCACGUCCUGCUUGAAUCAGUUCAAGGCAUCAGGACUCAUCCUCAUUUCCCAUCGGAACCACCUCCCGCUCAAACAAUGGGCUGCACAUCCAGCAAACCUUUCUUCCGCAGGAAGAGGAGAGCCCUUCCCCCACGGGCACCAGAAUCAGAACCCAAACCAGCGCCAGAGGAAUUAGAGCCCAAAGCCGAACCUCCUGCUUCAGCAUCGCACUUCUCGAAGUCCACAAAACCACCCACAUAUGCCUGGUCGCCGGCGAAGUCGUCCGGGACAACUGGCUCGGGGCCAGGUACUAGCAACACCUAUUCAAGCGCGGCGUAUGUGACGAGCACGUAUGAUUACUCCGGCGGAGGCGCGGCGGAUUGUGGGACCGGUGGUGGACCUCAUGGAGGAGGGGGGCAUUGUGGCGGGGGAGAUUCUGGAGUUGGUGGUGGUGGGUAUAGCGGGGGAGGACAUUCGAGUUCAGGAGGAGGAUGGAGUAGCAGUGGAGGUGGUGGAGGUGGGGAUUCUGGGGGAUGCGGUGGAGGCGGUGGAGGGUGUGGUGGUUUUUGAGUGAGGAUAUGGAGAGCGACGAAUAGAUGCGGAAUUUGCACUAUGUUUUGUUACCAGAAUUGUCAUGUUUGGCGGCUUUUAUGACGGAGAGAUAUUUUCCUUAUUCGCGGUCACAUGGUGGAAGAUAAUAUAUGAUUACCUGCUUGAGAAAA